GCCGUAGCGCGGCGUCUUUCUGUCACAUGACUGGUAGUGACGUCACGUGUUUUUCGACAUGGCCGCCUCCGUCUCUAGUGAAGAUCUGAUCAACCUGCAGCUUCUGUUAAAGGCUCCGUCCAAAGAUGCAGUGAGAGAUGUUUGUGUCCAGAGUCACAGAGACCCGGGUCGGCGGCUCGCUGAAACCACGGCAACGACGCUCAACAUCCCUUCAGCCCAGGCUGCACAGCUCGUCCGCUCUCUCCACACUCUCUCUCAUCACGUCCUCUUCUACAACCUCAGCUCUCCAGAGCAGAUCCUCGCUCUCUUCCCCGAGUCGUUUCACCCCAGUCUGAAGAACCUGAUCACAAAGAUCCUGCUGGAGAACAGUCCAACAUGGAGGACGGAGGCGGCGGGUGAGCAGAUCUCUCUCCCUCAGCUGAAGGACCUGGACUGGCGGGUUCACAUGGUGACUGGUUCAGACUCACUCAGUCGCAUGUCGGUUCCGACCUGCCUGGUUCAGCUGAAGGUGGAGGAUCCGUGUCCAUCAGCAGGCAGUGAGUCGGUUUCUACGGUGACGGUGGAGCUCAGCAGGGAGUCUCUGGACACCAUACUGGACGGACUGGGACGCAUCAGAGACCAGCUGUCGGUGGUCGCUGCCAAAUAGACUCAAACGAUUGUGAUUGAAUCAACGUGUCACUGACAGAUUUUGUGGCAUUUCAGAUUUUUUAUCUUCACGUUUGACCUUUGUUGUUUUCCUCAGUUUUGUAAAUUCAUCAGUUCGCAGAUUGACAUGUUUGUUUUGAUUGAGAUAAAACUUUAUUCGUCUUCUCUGGGUCUGAUUUUCAGCUAUUUAACUAAAUCUGAUGAACUGUCGAAUACUUUAUCUGCUCCAUCAACUGUAAAUAAAGAUGGACGACACGGCAGCUCCCAAAAGUGAAGCCAAAGCGUCUCACCACAGCCGGCCACCAGGGGGAUUGAAAAACAGCCAAACCAACCUGCUGAGACGUGUCUUUAUUUUUUUAAAUGACAGAAAACACAAAAUGAUUGAUUCUUCAUGUCACUGUAACUAAACUACAUUUCCCUGAAGCUUUAACAUUUCAACUUUGCAUGCAGAGGAAAAUUAACAUUUGUGUCUAAAAUAUCAUCAAAAACAUCUUGUUUUUCAUUUGACAAAAAUUAAAACAAAACCAUUUUUA